AUAUCUUACACGUUAGUAUUCCUUGGAACUUCCCCGGGAUUUACCCAGCUGAUUCCGGGGAUCGACAUAUUUUUGCAAGUGCAACAAGGAAACGUCUGAGGCAACAGGUGCUCCAAACUUGAUAAUAUUCAAUUCGAUUUAUCGAGAAUGACGAGCGUAGAUACUAUUUUGAACUAUGCCCGUACAGAAGAAGAGGAUUUUUAUGGGAUUUUAGGGUGUGACGAGACAGCAACAACAGAACAGAUUACAGCCGAAUAUAAAGUGCAGGCUCUGCAGUAUCAUCCUGAUAAGAAUGAAGGCAAUAAAGGAGCUGAAGAAAAGUUCCAAAAACUGAAAGAGGCAAAGGAGACACUGUGUGACCCAGAAAAACGAAGUAAUUACGAUAAGUGGCGUAAGAGUGGCAUUGCAAUUAGUUACAAGCAGUGGCUUGGCAUGAAGGAACAUGUCCAUGCUUCCAUGCAUUGGUCGACAUUUAAGACCAAGGAUCGCAUGCUUCCGGAACCUGGCGCGGCAGGGGCGGUACGCGGAGGAGGGCCAACAACAGCUGCUCAGCGUCGAGCUUCAGAGGGAGGCGCAAAUAUUCACUGGGGAGGUCGAGACAAUGUCCAGUGGGAUUCAGAGGCUUCGAGUGAGGUCGUCAACAAAUUCCGUAACUAUGAGAUUUAAUCUGUGGUUGGAUGUCAAUGUUUCCAACAAAUUUGUGUUACUUUAUGGUGUUUAGUUCCCAGAAUCUACUGUCAUGUGUUUACUUACAGUUCAAUAACUGCUCAAGUAGAGCACAUUUUGGAUGUACCUUAUUGCACCAAGUAGGUAUUAUGGAUUCUGGAAAAUAUGUUGCUUUCCGUGAUAUUUUAAAUUGUUGGUACUGAAUACGUAAACAUACACUUGGUAACUUCCUUGUCUUCCGUAAGAACUUAAAACAUUCCAUUAUUUAUUUAUGAUAUAUAUUUAUAUUUUUAUGUUAUGUAUUUGUUACUUUAAGUUUGGUAUAUAUAUAUAAUAAUAAUAAUGCAUUGUUCCUUUCGAAGUUUUAUUUUUUACAUUUUAGACAAGAUUUAUCAGUUUGACUCGAUGAAUAUUGAUUCUCUUAAGAUAUAUCUGUAUGUAAUUAAAAGUAUACCACUCUUUGUAUAUACAUAUAUUUUUUAAAUGUUUUUUUCCAAAUAUCGGGAGAUUGUAAAUUCUUGGAAGAAUUUUGUGCACAAAGUUUUGGGAGAGGCAUCAACUGGAGGAAUAAAAAUAGAAGGCCAAUACUAUUUUCCCUGCAAUAUAAAAUUAGAGAAAAUGGAGAUGCAAGAUGAUGGUCCUACGUAGAGCCCUUCUGUGAUAUAGCAUUUAUGAAAUAUUUCUAAUUAUUAUGUUACAUGUCAAAGGACCUCUGCAGCAGAUCCUGUGUUAAUUAUUAGCUGAUGUCUUUUAAUUCAGAAACCAAUUUCAUUAAAUUUUAUACUUCAUGUUGUAUGAUUCACUUUAGCAUUCCUGAAAAUGUGUAACAGUUGUUCAGAAACGGCCAAAAUGUUGUAACCCUUUUGCUGCUCAUUGCUUCCCGAAAAUAAUGUAAUUUUAUGUUAAAAUUCUGAACGCAUGAGGGGAGAUUACCAUAUAUGUACAUAAAUAAAAAUCACAGAAAUAACGCACAUACCUAUCACAUGUUCAAUAUUAUAUUUACAGAACAGUUUUAUUUUUUCAAAAUGUGACUGUUUAAAAUUGAGGAAUGUUGCCACAAGUAUGAAAAUCAUGUUCAUAAACAAGCUUUCAACAAGAUCACAGCCAUGUAUAACUUCAGACUCUUCACACUAGAUGGCAACACUAUGCAGACCAACAAGUAACAUUUUUUAUAAAGUUGAAUCUCUCAGCAAAGGGAGACGAUUAUUCUUUGACGUGGACUAAUUUUACACUGUACAGUCAUGCAUGGAUGGGCAUUGGGCCAAAAAACAACAAAAGCAAAAGGAAAUUAUGAAUUGAACAAAUGGUUGAUCUUUACAGGGUCCUUACUAUGAAUUUAUUUUUUAUAUACUUAUAAGGAAUAUAUGAAUUAUAUGUAAUAUUCCAGUAUUAUACUGAAGUGAGAAGUUUACCUUUAAAAAGUUUUGGUAAGAGAGGACUAUAUUGUUACUCAAAGAUCUGUCUUAAGCAAUGAUAUUAUGGACUUUGUUCCUAUUAUCUUUUAAUACUAAACUGUACAAAAAAAAGUUACAUGUAUUGAGUUACAUAUUAAUUUUUCAAUAUUCACUUUGGCUGUUUCUUUGUGGAUAUUAGUAGUUCAUUAAAUGUCUGCUUAUGUAUACUUAAAUUUACUCGUUUGUAGCACUUGUCUUACGUCUCCUUUGUGCUUAAGGUUUUGGUUGUAUUCAUGUUAUGUGUUUCCUUAUAACAAUAAAUGUGAAAACAAGGAA